AACCAUUUUUAUCUUUUAAAAAGAUUUCUAUACGAACAAGUGUUACUUCUCAAUGAAACAUCGUAUCGAUCUUCUGUUUUAGAUACAUGACCACGCAUACAUACCAAAGGAGUUUAUGAAAUUUUAUAACAAAUUUGCAAGAACCAGUUAAGAUCGACUAAUUACUAGUGUAUUUGCUUGUCGUGCUUUUUGUUUUAUCUAUCUCCUAUCAUCAAUGACUGAGAACGCUCCAUUAGCACGAUCAGAUGAAAAUGCUCAACCAUCAGUCAAAUUUCUAUGAGCCUCUCCACGAGCGGAUGCAUGCAUGAACAGGAAAGACAGAACAUGUGCAGUAACAGGCAAAUCAAGCGAACAGACAAAAUAAAAAAUUCAAGAAAAGACAUUUACCUAUACACUGUAAAAAAUAGUCGUAGAUUAAUAGACUAUCAAAAAGGGCUUAUUGAGACCAAUAAACCUUUUAAAAAACGCUGUUCCGUUUUUUAUAUCCAAAAACUUAAAAAGCGUUCGUAACAGAUGCAAAAUGAAAAACGGGGGGUUUUUUAUCAAGAAUAAAAAAACCUUUUCAGUUUUUUGUCGAGUCUAAAAAGCUGGACUCGACUCGACAAAAAACUGAAAAGGGUUUUUUAUUCUUGAUAAAAAACCGCCCGUUUUUCAUUUUGCAUCUGUCACGAACGCUUUUUAAGUUUUUGGAUAUAAAAAACGAAACAGCGUUUUUUAAAAGGUUUAUUGGUCUCAAUAAGCCCUUUUUGAUAGUCUAUUAAUCUACGACUAUAUACAGUGUAGCAUGCAUAACUAACAAUAUCCUAACAAUAUCCGAAAACUCUUCAUACAAUUUGUUUUGUUUCGGACCAUGGUUUAACCGGCAGAAAAAUCCGUUAUUUUUUAAUAUAUGAGACAAGAUUGACUUAACAGAAACAUAGAAAAAAGAUUCUCCAUCAGAUAAAAAAACUUCUACUGGACGUACUGAAUUGAAUUUCUCGUCGCAGUUUUUUAUAAAUGUAUAUUCAUUCGGGUUGGUUUCUCUAAACAUAGAUGUUAUAGAACCUAGCAAAUGCUGAAUUUCGGGGUUGUCUCGUGAAAUAGUACAUGUUUGUAAAACUGACGAGGGAAGUUCUCUAGGUGUUUAAAGCCUUUAGGUCCCAUGUUUUGGCGAUAGGUAGACCUCGAUGAGGUAUGAAAAACCGCAAGAGGAUUUAUUCCCGAGAUAUCCAAUUCUCAAGAUACAUACGAAACGGGACCGAAGUGGAAAAUGAUCGUUCUUAGAGAGCAGUACAGUACUCAGGUGGAAAAUUUUCAAAGCUUCACGCAUUGCUCGUACUACCUAUUCUGGAUUUAGUGCUAGGUCAUAUCUCAUCAGUACCACCUCUAAGGGCUGUUCAUCGGGUCACAGAACAUCCAGAACUCUUCAUUUCACAUCUGAUUUCAUUAUACACUGCAAAAGAUUAAUGGAAGCAAAUAAUACAAUAGCGAUUAUCUUUUCAUCUACCUUGCUGGCGUACCAACAUGUCUGAUUUAUAACUAUGCGUGCUCUUUUUUUACGCUUCUCUACUUUCUUUCUCCACGUGUUCCUCUCUUUCAUGCCGAAAACAUACCACGAGGUUGUUUCUCUCUUCAUUCGAUUGUUUACGAUAUACAAGUGACGUACGAGCAAGCUUCCGAUACCAGUUUUCCUCACGUCUUUUUCGACACGAUCAACCCUGCAAAUGUUGUGAAGAUUUUCGCUGAUCGAGCAUCGAACUUAUUGUCUACUGUGUCGAACAACGCGACCUCUGCCACUACUGUCACAAAUCGUGAAUGUGAAGUUGUGCGGUGUGCUGGAAUCGAUUAUUAGCAGCCACUCCCACACCUUCGAAGUCGAAACAACUCUUGUUCAUGAGUUAGCCGAUGACGAAUUGAUCAAUGAUGUCGAGUGCGCAGAUACAGAUGAUGGAACAUGGGAUCCCAACUGGAAUAAUGAGGAUGAAGAUGAAGAGACGGCGUUGUGCAAACAGUUUUCACUCGAUUAUAUGGCAAGGGCAGUCAAAUUCUAUAAUGAAAUCAAUUCACAAACUGGAAAAUGA